UGUUUUGCGCUCACUUCUGGCUCACUUUUUACCUUUUAAUGCACUGCAUUCACUUGUAACUGCAUGCGUUCUGCUCCGACACUGCACUGAUUUAAGUCUCCAUGUGCAGACUGAUGGUCUCUCACGCUGUCCGUGUUUCUGCAGGACAUCAGCCUUGAGGAGAGCAUGAGGAACCUUCUCGUCGAACUCAUCCUCUUAUUCAUGGCCGCUCCAGUGAGCACAGGCACGCUGGGAAACACCACCGAUUCCCCCGCAAGCGUGUCAGGGCCCGGGGUGGAUCACGUGACAGAGUCGACGAUCAAAUCGAGAAGGAAGCGAUAUAUUUCUCAGAGCGAUAUGUUGGCCAUCGUUGAUUAUCACAAUCAAGUGCGAGCUCGAGUGUUUCCUCCAGCAGCCAACAUGGAGCACAUGGUGUGGGAUGAGUCUCUGGCACGUUCAGCCGAGUCCUGGGCUGCCACCUGUAUCUGGGAUCAUGGACCUCCAUAUCUGCUCCGAUACCUUGGACAAAAUCUCUCGGUCCGCACGGGAAAUUACCGGUCCAUACUGCAGUUGGUGAAGCCCUGGUACGAUGAGGUGAAGGACUAUGUGUUUCCGUACCCACGUGAAUGCAACCCCAUGUGCCCCAUGCGCUGUUAUGGACCCAUGUGCACACAUUACACACAGAUGGUUUGGGGGACAACCAACAGAGUGGGUUGUGCAAUUCAGGUGUGUUACAACAUGGUGGUGUGGGGGUCCGUGUGGAGACAAGCAACCUACCUGGUCUGUGAUUAUUCCCCAAAAGGGAACUGGAUAGGGGAGGCGCCCUACAAAGUGGGCGUGCCGUGUUCGGCGUGUCCCCCGAGCUACGGAGGAUCGUGUAGAAACAACAUGUGCUUUCCAUCAGCAAACUCUAACUUCAUGUACUGGUUUAAGUGAGCAGCAGUAGCAGAGUAAAUGUACACACACAUGUGUGUGUGUGUGUGUGUGUGUGUGUGUGUGUGUGUGUGUGUGAUAUAUGAUAUAUAUAUGUGGUAAGUCGUUUCAGCAGCAGGAGAGUUCAUAGAAAUUACACUUCGUAUUAUGGUGCUGAUGUUAGAACAUUCUGUAUGUGUGACCUUUUUAUUAUUACAGAUCAUCAUAUUGAUGCUCUUGAUAGUGAACGUGUGUAUUCCUGUGUGGUCAAGGCAACAUUCCACAUCUAUAAAUUAAUCAGUCUUUCUUCAUUAAUAGAAAUACAGCUAGUCCCCGAGUUACAGUGCUUCCACUUACAAUUUUCCGAUCGUAUGAUGAUGAUGAUAGCGACUUCUGGCUCCGCCCUCCAGUGGGGAACGUGGCUCGUCCACACGCCUGCUGCUACACACAUAACGUUUAUACAUUACAGUACUGUAAAUCACUCUGUUCUGCUAAACGACACCAUACUGAUCACUGUUCUGUAGGACUCCUGGGUAGGACAUAGACGUGUCUCCACUUACAAUAUUUUCAAGUUACUAUCAGAGUGCAGCUCCAUCGUAAGUCAGCGACACGUGUUUAUAUCUUUUCUGAAUUUCAUGUUUUGAUGAGCCACACGUCUGUAACGUCGUCUGUGUGUAGCUACAACACUGGUGAUUUGUGUUACAGUGUACAGUUUAUACGCCACAGCAACUUCAAAACGAUGAAAGUUUUUAGUGAUUAAUGAACGACUUCAUAGCUUUUCUCUGUUGAGGACACUGGAGACUCCUUCCUUCUUCUUAUAAACAACAUGUGACUCUGUGACUCAUCAGAAUGAAGCAGCACUCGGGGUGUGGACACCAGCCCACAUUUCACAAUUUCAUCAAAUACAAAUAUCAAUGAAAUAAAUAAAAUAUA